CAGAAGAAGUAAUAGAGACAAAUCGAAAUUGUUGGCAAACAACAAACUCAUCGAGACAGUACUCUAACAAGACUUAAAGCUAUUCUAACCUAAGCAAUUCCCAAACCAUACAGACACACCCAACCCCAAUGGCCAAUAGGGUCGAGUACUCCUAAUACUACUUCAUCUUCAACAGAGUUCAGAGCUUCAGAAAACAGUCCAAACCCACAUCAAUGGAGGCAUUCCCCCGCUUCUCUAACCGCCUCUUUUCUCUCCCCACCAUUAACUCCAAAUCUCUCAUCACCCCAUUUCUCCAUUUUCAUCAUUUUCUAAAACCCAUUUCUAAUUCCUCGCCCAUUUGCCCAUACCCAUUUAAAACUACCCAUUACUUUCUGAACACAAGAAGCCUCAGUUCUUCUUCGUCCUCCUCCACAUUAAUUCCCCGUGCAGGUUGGUUACUGGGUCUUGGAGAAAAAAAGCAGCAGAAAUUGCCCGACUUGGUUAAAGCGGGUGACCCGGUUCUUCAUGAAGCUGCCCGAGAAGUUGACCCGAAAGAUAUUGGGUCAGAAAAGAUCCAAAAGAUAAUUGAUGAUAUGAUUAAGGUUAUGAAGAAGGCUCCUGGGGUUGGCCUUGCUGCUCCUCAGAUUGGUAUUCCUUUAAAGAUUAUUGUGCUGGAAGACACAAAAGAGUACAUCAGUUAUGCGCCUAAAGGAGAGAUCAAAGCACAGGAUAGACGCCCUUUUGAUCUUCUGGUCAUUGUGAAUCCAGUGUUGAAAAACAUGAGCGACAGGACAGCACUCUUCUUUGAAGGCUGCCUCAGUGUUGAUGGAUAUAGAGCGGUUGUGGAGCGAUAUCUUGAUGUUGAAGUCAGUGGACUGGAUCGAUACGGGCAGCCUGUAAAAGUGGAUGCUUCAGGAUGGCAGGCACGUAUUCUUCAGCACGAGUGUGACCAUUUGGAAGGUACUCUUUACGUGGACAAGAUGGUGCAACGGACAUUCAGAACUGUCGAAAACUUAGAUUUACCCCUUGCAGUUGGAUGUCCGAAGCUUGGGGCACGUUAGUUUCCAUCUUAAAAGUUAAGCUUAUGGAAACUGGUGAUCUGCUUGAGGAUUUACCAUUCAUUUUGAUAUUCUUCAUGAUGAUUACGUAAUAAUUUACUGAGGUCCUGCUGUAUUUUUAGUCCAUUACGUUUUGCACUAAGCAUGAAAUGCUCUAUAAGUAUCACUUACAUAAUUAUCAUAUUCCUUUUUUGUUGUAGUAUUGUCUUGGUCGUUUAUGCUUCCUUGUAUUCUGAUUAAUUUUAUUUACAUGGAUGGUGUUGUGUU